GUACUUGUGCGUUAUUCGACUUGAUUCGCCCUCACGUUAACGGUAGCAGUGUUAUGAGGGGAAGGGCAUGUCACAUGUAUAUCAGGAACCACAUGUAUAUCAAUAUACACCCUCCACAAUUAAAAACAUCUGUUGUAUUCUGUUGCGACUUAUUCAACUUGAUUGUGAUUAUGUAUUUGACAUGCCUCCAAAUUUCCCAGUGAUAGAGCAGGUAUUUUGUGUUUUCAUAAAAUUCCAAGGACAAUAUGGACAGUCCUUCAAAUCAUAUCAAGGCUGGCUGUGCAUAUACACCCUCCAAAAUGGAUGGGUGUAUAUGCACCUGCUGUGGCUAUGCACCAGGCUUAUACAUCCUCCAAAAAUCUUUCAGGUGGUUGUAUGCAUCAAGCAUAUGUGGAUUGCCAGUCUUGGAAGGCAGCAAGUGAAAGCAUGCAGAAUCCUGCACAAAAAAGCGCGAGCAUCCGGUGUCGGAGCGGAGGCCUCCAGACCAUGUCCUUGGUGGGUGAUCCGGCCACCACGUACUCUGUGUGCCUGGUGUGGGAUCCAGCUAGCCAUGGUCUAUAGCGACGCCACGUCCGAGAACCACAGUCUCGUGUCGGGACUGAACCCUUACGGCGGACCGGCCCACUACGAACUAACAAGACCUGGACCGCUCGCCUCGGCCACCUAUUAUGGCGUAAAUCAGACUCCAGCCAUGGCCGGGGACAGCGUAAACCACACAUUCUUCCUGGCCUGGCGUAAUUUGCACCUGAGCCGAGCCAAGUUGAAGGCUUCCAGUCGGACUUCGGCCCUGCUCUCCGGCUUCGCCAUGGUGGCGAUGGUGGAGGUACAGCUGAGCAAGAACAUCCCAACCGGCCUGCUGGUGGCGUUUGCCAUGUGCACCACGCUGCUGGUGGCCAUCCACAUGUUGGCGCUCAUGAUCUCUACCUGCAUCCUGCCGCACGUGGAGGCGGUCAGCAGCAUGCACGCCAUGUCGGCUGUCAACGAGUCGCCGCACGCCAAGAUGCACAUCUACAUCGAGAUGGCCUGGGUGUUCUCCACAGUUGUCGGGCUGAUGCUGUUCAUGGUGGAGAUCGCGCUGCUCUGCUGGGUCAAGUUCUUCGACGUGUCGCAAGAGGCGGCCUGGGCGUCGACGGCGCUGCUCGUGCCCAUCGUGUGCAUCUUCGCGCUGUUCGCGCUGCACUUCUACCGCAAGCUAGUAACGCACAAGUACGAGAUCACCGAGUCGGGAAUCCGAGAGCUGGAGAAGCUCAAGGGUCAGCUGGACCAGCCGGUGCCGGCGGCCAACACAGAGAGCACGUACGCGAACAGUGACCACAUCGUGUGAGGGUGGCGGGGACGGCCGGCGAGGCUGCCUAUACGCGGCGACGGCCUGUCGACGCCGACCCCCACCAUGUGAUAGCUCUGUAUCAAGACCGGAGCGCGACUGCUCGAAUCUCCAUGUUAAUCGUGAGGUGGUAUAGGAGUCGUCCGCUCUAUCAUCAAAUGAUCAGUCGCACGUGCAAUGCGAUCAGUAUUCAAAGAAUUCGAUCAUUUGGUAGAUUCAAGUGACUUCAAGGUGGUGCCGUCACCACUGUAAGGCUUUACAAGUAGUUAAUUGAUGGC